AUGCACACCCUCCUUACUUCCGGUCUGUUCUUCGGUCUAGCUUCUGCUGCAGUCAUUAAGAAAGAUGACUAUGGCUACCACAACAACUGGCAUGUUGAGGUCGGAGUACGCCCGUAUUAUCUCGUGGACAAUAUGGAUGCUGGGCCAUUAAAGACCCAAUUGCAGAAAUGCGAGAACGGACCAUUCAAAACCUCGGAUUUUGUCGUUUCACAUCGGGGGGCUCCACUCCAAUUCCCCGAGCACUCAGUCGAAGGACUCCAUGCUGCACGACGAAUGGGUGCGGGCAUUCUCGAAUGCGAUGUCGCAUUCACUAAGGACAAAAAGCUCGUGUGCCGUCACGCGCAGUGCGAUCUCCACACCACAACAAACAUACUUAGCAAGCCUAGCCUAGCUUCCAAAUGCACACGACCAUUCACCCCAUCCAAAGAUGGGAAGCCUGCCGAUGCCUUCUGCUGUACUUCUGAUAUCACGGAAGCCGAGUUCAAGACUCUUUGCGCCAAAAUGGACGGCUUCAACCCUAACGCAACCACUGUUGCGCAAUACAUGGAUGGAACACCAUAUUUCCGAACCGAUCUGUACAGCACAUGCGGAACGCUCAUGACCCUUAAUGAUUAUAUUAAAAUCGUGGACAGCUUUGGUCUCAAGUUCACUCCUGAAUUGAAGACUCCACAAGUUAAGAUGCCGUUCGAUGGUUACACCCAACAGCAAUACGCUCAGGAUAUGAUCGACGCGUUUAAGAAAGCCGGAAUUGAUCCUAGCCGCGUGUACGCGCAAUCUUUCCUUCCCGACGACAUCUUCUACUGGCUGGAGAAAGAGCCGAAAUUUGGAAAGCAAGCUGUCUACCUUGACGAACGCGUCGAUACGCCAGAGGGUUACGCUAAUGCAACCGCGAGUAUCCCCUCUCUAGCGAAGAAGGGUGUUCGCAUCAUGGCUCCUGCAUUCUUCGCUUUGACGAAAGUCGAUGCCAACAAGAACAUCGUGCCAUCUGAGUACGCAAUUGCAGUCAAGAAAGCUGGCAUGGAAAUCAUCACUUGGAGUUUCGAUAGAUCAGGAUGGCUGAACAAAGGUGGCGAUUACUAUUAUCAGUAUGUUGCGUCGGUCAUCAACAACGACGGAGAUAUGUACACCGUGCUGGAUGUGUUGGCGAAGCAGGUCAAGAUCAAGGCAAUCUUCACCGAUUGGCCUGCGACGGUCACGUAUUAUGCCAGCUGCUUUGGGUUGUAA